AUGUUUUCCAGCCUCACCAAGACGGCGAUCUUCGCCACGCUGCUUGGAAAUGCGGCGGCUGUCAUAGAUCCCAUCGUCGCCAAGGGCCAAUAUUUCUUCUACUCGUCAAACGGCACACAAUUCUUCGUCAAGGGCGUGGCAUACCAACAGGGCAUCGGCCCCGGCGGCACGGCAGAGGGCGGCCAAGCAACAUUCAUCGACUCGCUGGCGGACACGGCGAGCUGCGCGCGCGACAUCCCCUUCCUGCAGCAGCUGGGCACCAACACGAUCCGCGUCUACGCCAUCGACCCCAAGGCCGACCACCAGGUGUGCAUGAACGCCCUCGCCGACGCGGGCAUCUACGUGAUCGCGGACCUGAGCGUGCCGGGCGAGUCGGUCGAGCGCGACAACCCCAGCUGGAACACGGACCUCUUUGCCCGGUACCAGGGGGUCAUUGACAACCUCGGCCAAUAUCCCAACACGAUCGGCUUCUUCGCCGGCAAUGAGGUCACCAACAACAAGACCAACACCGCCGCUUCGGCCUUCAUCAAGGCCGCCGUCCGGGACUCGAAGGCCUACAUCCAGUCCAAGAACUUUGGCCGCUGGCUCGGUGUCGGAUAUGCUACCAAUGACGACGCCGAGACCAGAGAUAACCUGGCCAACUACUUCAACUGCGGCCAGGACCAGGCCAGCGCCGUCGACUUCUGGGGGUACAACAUCUACGAGUGGUGUGGCCAGAGCACGUUCCAGGCGAGUGGGUACGAGGAGCGGACCCAGGCCUUUGCGAACUACUCGGUGCCUGCUUUCUUCUCCGAGUAUGGCUGCAACAACCCCGGCGGUGGCGAGUCGAGGGUCUGGCAGGAGACUGGUGUGCUGUACAGCGACCAGAUGAACAAGGUCUGGAGCGGAGGAAUCGUCUACGAGUACUUCCAGGAGCAGAACGACUUUGGUCUCGUCGACCAAUCCGGCACGACCGUGACGCCCCGCAAGGACUUCCAGGCCCUCGCGACCGCCAUCAAGAACACAGCCGCCGACACCGCUAACCCAAGCAUCUCCAUGAACUCGUACACGGCGUCCAACGUGCCCCGCGCCUGCCCAGCCGUGACGGCGGGCCUGUGGGAGGCGGCCGAGGCGCUGCCGCCCACGCCCAACGCGACGCUGUGCGAGAACAUGGUGGCCUCGUCCUCGUGCGUGCCGACCGAGGCGACGACGGGCGACGCCGAGAAGAUCGGCUCCCUGUUCGGCACCGUCUGCGGCAUGGACGCCAAGGCGUGCGCGGGGAUUACCUCCGACGCGGCAAAGGGCACCUACGGCGACUUCGUCAUGUGCAACCCGGUCCAGCAGCUCACGCACGCGCUCAACGAGUACUACGCCAACCAGAAGAAGGCGAGCACCGCGUGCGACUUUGCGGGCCAGGCAAAGGUCGUCUCGCCCACCGAGGCGGCCAUCACGCCCAGCUCCGGGUCCACGUCCGGGUCUUCUGGGUCGGGGUCUUCUAGCAGCGGAUCAUCGUCGAGCGGUGGUUCCGGCUCGGUAAGUGGCACCAGUGCGAGCCCCAGCAGCCCAAGCACCAGUGCGAACUCCACCGCCCCAGCUUCUGCUUCUGCUUCUUCCUCGUCCUCGUUGUCUGGCGGUUCUUCUCAGCAGGGUGGUUCGGCCGCCGGCGGCUCGUCGGCGUCCCAGAACGGCACGGCCAGCACAUCUGGCGCCGGCGGCAAGUCCCAGGGCGGCGACACCACGGCUGAGAAGGGCGGCUCCUCCUCUGAUUCUGCUUCGUCUGCGGUCAGUUCAUCUGCGGCCCCUGCUUCUGCGACUGCUUCAUCCUCCUCUGCAGAUGGCUCUUCUGCAGGUGCUUCCGAUGCUUCCUCCUCCGAUGCCUCGUCCGGUUCUGCUUCUGAUGCCUCCACCCCCGACGCUGCCUCUGAUGCCUCUUCUGAUGCUUCUGCUGCCGAUGCUUCUACUGCGAACCCUGCCUCUGUCGUUUCAAGUAGCGCGAGCGAGAGUGCCUCUCAGGGAUCUAACAGUGCCACCGUCAUCCAGGGUUCGAGCGACGCCGGCCGCACCUCCGUCGUGGGGAACACCGGCCUGCUCCUUGCUGCUGUUGCAGUCAUUGCAUCGACUCUGCUAUAG